AUGGGCAUAGUCCUGGCUGUCUGGAGGGUGAUAGUUGACGUUGCCAAUUUCUGGCACAAGAAACUCCUAAGCUGGUACACGCGCAGGAACCCUAUAGAGCUAUGGCUUGAGCUUCUUCGUAAUGCAGAGGUUUUCGAAGACUGGGAGGAGGCGGCGCUUCACCUCGACAACCUCCUAGGCCUUGACCUCUGGAGAAACAACCCGACCUCGAAAUACUAUGACUGGAGGCUCAUAACCGAGCGCCUAAACUCGCUGUCGGUGGCGCGCGAAGAAAACAACUUCCAACAGCUCAUCAACCUCUUGCGCUCCGGGCUCGUGCGAAAUCUCGGAAACAUUACGGCACCUAAACUCUACAAUCGCUCUUUCUCCGGAACCAAAUACCUGAUCGAAGAAUACGUGACACAGGUGGCCGAAGGAAUCGAGGACAUCAGCGCCCUGCCAACCUCGGCGCCGACGUCUCCGAGCGGACAAGACAAUGCAUUUACAAACCAGAUGAAGUUGGAUUUCAUCCAUGAUACAAGACAGGCUUUUGGUCGGACUACCCUCGUGCUUCAAGGCGGAGCCAUCUUCGGACUCUGUCAUUUAGGGGUCAUCAAAGCCCUUUUCCUGCGAGGAUUGCUGCCGCGCAUCAUCACCGGCACAGCAACAGGCGCGCUGAUCGCCGCCCUGGUUUCGGUUCACACGACAGAAGAGCUUCCCGCUGUGCUGAAAGGCGACGGGAUCGAUCUAUCUGCUUUUGUUUCAAAGGAUCAUGCCCACAUCCAAGGCGGACAGACGUUUUGGUCACGGUGGGACACGCUCCUCCGCCGAAUCCGUCGGUUUUCGCGUGACGGUUAUUUCCUUGACGUGACUGUACUGGAAGAAUGCGUGAGAGCAAACGUCGGUGAUCUGACGUUCGAGGAAGCCUAUAACCGGAGCAAGAGGGUUUUGAACAUCACGGUUGUGACCGAGGAGCAGGGUGGCGUGCCUAAAUUGCUCAACUACCUCACAGCACCCAACGUCUUGAUAUGGACCGCUGCGGUGGCUUCUAACGCCUCUUCGCCAGCUCUCUAUGGUCACCGCAAGACCACGCUCCUAUGCAAGGAUGCCCACGGUCACAUAGUUCCCUGGGCGGCAGCAAACACUACUGAUUUUCAUCACUGGACUCAAGUCUCCUAUACCGACCGAGACUCCCCUCUACGGCGCAUUGCCGAACUUUUCAACGUGAACCAUUUCAUUGUCAGCCAGGCAAGACCUUACUUGAUUCCCUUUCUACAAUCAGAUAUGCAUGGGCCAUCUUACCUAGAAUCGCGGAACAAAACCACCCAGUUGUCGGCGUUUCUUGCCCGCAUGGUGGGGUUGGAAGUCCAACAUCGAUUGAGACAGCUUGAUACCUUGCGGUUGCUGCCGGCUGGCAUCCGACGCUUCCUUGUCGACGAGCAGGUCCCAGCAGCUUCAAUGACGUUGGUGCCUGAAGUCACGGCGGGCGACUUUGUACGCCUUCUCGAAACACCGACCCGAGAGACGGUGAAUUAUUGGAUCCUAAGAGGCGAGCGGAGUGUCUGGCCCGCUGUUGCCGCGCUACGGAUGAGGAGUGCGAUAGAGAUUGAACUUGACCGAUCCUAUCAGAUAGUACGCAAACUCAAGGCUGGAGGUCUGAGAAGGAAGGGUAGCAUGGCAGGAGUGCAGUGA